UAUCUCUUCCCAGGUCUAUGGUCCGGGCUGUCCGGGUGUAAUUCGCGCCCCCGAAGGGAGAAGAACGGAGGAUCGCGAAUGCGAGAGGUGUAGCCUAGAGGAACGGAGAUUUCGCUGAUUACAUAUAAGUGGUGGGCACGCAUCGUCCGGCGAAUUGCAUCGUUGCUGUCGUUAGCGAAAUCGUUGGAUGGCCGAGCGAGGUCAAUUCCGGUUUCCGAGUUCGCUUCCGUGAUCCGUGAUCUUUAUUCUCGAGCGAGUCCCUGUUCGCGUACUGGACGACUGGACCGGAUUUCGCUCGAGUCGCUAUGAGCCAGUGACACAACUGGCCACUGCCAGCGGCAUGCCGUCAUCAUCAUCAUCGUCGUCGUCGUGGUCGUCGUCAUCGUCAUCGUCAUCGUCAUCGUCGUCGAGAGGCGGCCACCAGUCCCGGCUGAGCUCCGAGAUAUGCUCUCCGAAUUCGCGUCCGUGGCAGUGACCCGCCCCGGCAAAAUUGUCGCCCUCGUCUGUCACGUCCGUGUGAAGUGAUCGAACGAUGGAGAACCAGGACGAUCGGACGGUCAGAGCGAACGGAAACGAGGAUCCACAGACGAAGAUCAGCCGAUUGGAGUCGGAGAACGUUAAGAUGCGAGAGGAGUUUAAUGUACAAAGGGCCAAGAUGAAGGAGUUGUUCCUUCAGAAAGAGGUGGAAUUAAAACGGAGGCUAGAGGAAAAUAUGGGCCUGCAGAAGGAAAAUUUGAGACUGAAGAAUGAGCUGGACGAAGCAAAGAGCCAACUAGUCGUCGCGGAUCUUAAGAUACAGAAUGAUAUAAUGAUGGAGAAGAGGAAGGCCCAGGAGGAGAUAGCAUCUUUGCAACAGGUUAUACACGAAACGGUGGAGGAGUCCUCCUGCUCUAGGAAGCAGCUUGUCAGCGAAGUGUCGAAAUUACAACUGGCUCUUUCUAAGCUUCAAGAAGAGAAUGCGCUGCUGAAAACGCAAUUGCCGCGCGACCCGCCGACGGACGGGCCGCAAAUCUCGUUGUCUACAGUAACCAAGACAUUAGCUAGAAAAGUGGUAUCGCAAUUAGGCGCGGAUUCCUUAUCUUUAGGCCCUGACAAUUUAGAAGAAAGCAUGCGGAAGGUAAAAAAAUAUGCGCAAGAAGAUGCGGAAGUUUUACGUUCAUUGGUUGUUCCACUUGAGGAGGAGAUAAAAGCUUUAAAGGAGAAACUGAGAUCAACCGAUGACGAAUUACAAAAAUAUAAAGAAGUUCUAACAAAGAGACGGCAGCAAGAACCUGGUUCCUUCGAGCCGUCGUGUGAUAUGUGCGUUAACUACGAAGCGCAAUUAGUCAAAGUAGAAGCGACUGCCAAGGAUUUGGAGAAGCAAUUGUUGGACUCUCAACGUAUGCUGCAAGCUCAAAAGGAGGAUCUAGCUAAGGAAGUUGAAUUUCGAAAGGAGAUGGAGGAAAAGUGGAAUGAGAAGAAAGAGGAGCAUAAAAUCAAAGUUGCGGAGCUCACCGUCACCUCGCAGACGGCGCAGCAAAAUUUACUAGAGUUGAAGAAAACUUUUGAACAAAUUCAAAGGAGUAUAUCGGAGGAACUUUGUAAAUUGACACGAGGCAGAGAAGAAGUACAGAGACAUCUUACUGCACUUCAGAUGGAGAAUGAAAAUCUUGUGGGUAAACAUAGUAAACAUUCGCAACAACUUCAAAGUGAGAGUAUCAACAUGCCAAACACUGUUGAGGAACUGCAUAUGAGCCUUCUAAAAAUUCGCGAAGAUUUAAUUACAGCCAAAGUGGCUCAAGAAGUUGCACAGGAGAAGGAAGAAACAUUGCGAUACGAAGUUACUUUACUGAGAGAACAAAUGGAGCAGGAGAGUAGGGUUAAGGAACAAGACAAUGCUGUAUUAAAGAAUGAAAUAAGUGGGUUGAGAGCGCAAUUAGAUAAAUAUAUAAGAGAUCAUCGUACACUCGCCGAUAAAGAAGAGAAACUUGAUCGGUUGGAAAAACAGCUGCAGGAAGUUCAGAAAGAGAAGAAGGAUGCAGACUCGGUUACAACUGAAUUACGACAAAGAGUUAUGAGUCUACAGCAAGAAUUAGAUACCAGCGAGGCAGUACAGAAAGACUUUGUUCGAUUAUCACAAUCAUUACAGGUACAACUGGAAAGGAUUAGACAGGCAGGUAGCGAAGUAAGAUGGCAACAUGAAGAGGAUGUCGAAGAGUGUCCUAGUUGUCACACCACAUUCUCAGUCACAAAAAAGAAGGUACAUUGUCGUCACUGUGGCCAUAUAUUUUGUCAAUCUUGCCUCUCACACGUUGUGAACAGUGGGCCGAAACAAAGACCAUCCAGAGUCUGUGAUGUUUGUCAUACUUUAUUAGUGCAAGAUACCGCACCAUACUUCAGCCAAGAACCUCCACAUACACCUGACUAAAUGUUCUAAAGUUACGGGAUUCUAACACAGUUUAAUAAGACAUGCAAUAUCAGUCUGGUAAUAUACUGAUUGGUAUGUCUCAAAAGUAUACCGAUCUAAGGUGACUAAGGCCCGUAUUCAUAGUCGAAUCUUAUAUCAAGACUGUCUUAAGAUGCUAAUAUGGCUCUGUGCGUGGUUCACAACAUCUUAAGAUCGUAUACUUAACGCGGUCUUAAAUAUAAGAUACGACUAUGAAUACCGGCCAUAGAUGACUCUCCUUUUUUGUAGAGAGAGAGAGAGAAAAAGAGAGAGAGUUAGAAAUGUUGAUAGCGUAAAAAUGGGAUUUAGAUAAGAUUCCUAUUACCUGAAAACCGGAGUGAUACAACAGAUAUCGUGUAAAUAUAAAGUUAUGUACUAUCUAAUGGUUACUGUAAUUUAAACAGAUUAAAGCUUUUGAAUGUAUGUGAGUUGUUCAGAAGAAUCGUGAGUAUUUAUAUUACAUUAUCUUGUCUUUAUUUAAUUACGAUCUCUCAGAUAUUCAAUUAAAAGUUUUGUGUCUAUGAAAGAGAAACAGACAUCUAACUCUUUUUGAUGGAAAUAUUUUUUGUUUACUUAACCCUGCAACCGUACAUGUUAGUCGUUUGCGUCCUGGGCAUUUUGACUAUGUGGUAUUUUCCAAAGGUUUGUUUAUUUAGCGCGUUCGUAACGGUCUCUAAAAAAAGUUUGGGGUGGAGAAAGUGUGAGGCCACAGGCCCGCCAAAAUCCGUUACUUGUGACUACGAGUAGUAAACUUUUAUUGAGGACGUCAACGACCCACAUAUACGGUUUAUAUUAUACAUAGGUAAAAUUCAACUUUUCAAAAAUCCUUUUUUUUUACUCAAAAUAUAAAUUUUUACAAAAGUUUCGACUCAAUUAUUGCUCAAUUGCUCAUGUAAAAUGGCAAUGAGAAACAAUGAUGACAUCAGGCGAUUGCUCCGUAAAAAAAAUUGUGUUGCUGUAUUAUAUUUACUUAAAAUAAUAAAUUUGGAUAUUUUUGGACUUA